UUUCUAACUUUUCUACCCUCUAAAAUCCCCCCCUUUUUGUUCCGCCACUCCAGUCUCCAAAAGUCCAAAUCUAAAACCUAGCCGGCUCAUUUUUCUCUACUCUCUACUGUUUCUCUCUCUCGGUGAAUCCAAACAAGCUUCCUCUCUCUCUCUCUCUCUCCCCGUCUAUUUCAGUUCAGAUUCGAUUUCUCCGAGACGGUGAAUUUUUGUUGGAUUCAGACGACUCUUGUCUUCAACUCCCAUCUAAUUCGAAUCAGAUCCGAGACGCCGCUGGAUUUUUUGAUCUUCCGAUCUCCGGGAGAUCAUACUAGGCAUCGUAAUCAUUUGUGUUCUAGCAAGAAUCAUUGAGUUCUAUAUCUGAUGGAAUUGAGAAGUUGCAUCCAUUUGCACUUCAUCAAGACUCUGACUGGUGGCGUAUUGAAAAAAACACUGAAUGUGGCUAGUGGAAAACCAGUACUCAGAUUCAAGAAUGUGAAAGACAUAUGUGAAGAACUAGAUGCCAAAAAUGGUCAUUUGUUUCCAACAAUUCCACCAAAAGAUGAGUUCCGGGGCCUGCAUAUUGACAGCUCUAGGAUCAUGACUGAAAGCACAGAUACAGGUAAUGUUGGAAAUAUAAAAAUCAAGAGUGAACCUGAAGAUUCUGGCUUUGAUUGUAAUGAUGGAGGAAACAGUGAUUUGGAUUGCUUUGGUAAUGUGACACUGAAGCAGAUCAAGCAGACAUGCAAGACAAAGAAAAGAAAGCGUUCAAAGUUCACUGAUUUGAACGAACAAUUAGAAAUGUGCUCUCCUGUAAAACAAGAGUAUUCAAUGUCGCAAGCUAAUGAAGAUAAUGAUCUCCUGGAGCCUCUAAGUAAUUUGAGAUCUAAACUUUCAAAGAAUGCAAAGGCCAAGACAAAAAGCAAGCGUGUGAAAAAAGGUGCCUCUACCAUCUCUCAAAAAGCCACAAUAACUAUCAAAUCAGAACAGAUCCCAACUGAGCAGGAGCUACUCCAAUUCAAUCAGGUUACACCUGCAUGUGAGAGGGACAUUGAAGUAGAUGUUCCUGAACCUGGUUGUUCGGAUGUCCAAAACACAAGCUGUUUUGAUGAUGAUACCUCUCUGGUUUAUGACAAUAUGGUGAGUUAUUAUGGAGUAGUGCCAACUGAAUUCCCUAUGACAGCUGCUGAAUUGUCAAUUUUUCCAACAGAUGAAAAUCAGAGCUGCGUUGUUUAUGAACCAUUUUGUGAAGAUAUGGAGUAUGAUCCUAUGCCACUUCAGGUUGUAAGCAACUCAGGUUGGGAUAUAGUCAAGGCAGAUGAUACUGAGAUAACCAAUUACCAGUGUUUAGAUUUUUGGCCUGCAUUAGAAUCUAGGAUUCAAGGAUAUAUCAUGAAUUCAGUUCACCCUGACCUCAUUGAAGCAAUAUCUUCAGAUGAUACUAUUUCCUCUGAGGAUGCAUUGUUAUGUCAGAUUAACAGUGAGACCAAAGAUGGUUUAUUUCGGUGCACGGAACCAAUUAAGGGAUCUGAUGCAUGUACAUCUGAUGCCUAUAGCAAAGGUGAUUUACCUUCUAAUCAGGAAGCCAGUGCUAACUCUGUUGGUGAUUGUGACUUGGGCUCUGGUAGCUGUUUGGUGUCUGUGGCUGAUCACGUUUCCAUGUCAAACGAAGAGGAGAAGCAAUCUCAAUUGUUUGCAUGUGCUGAUGCAAAAAUAAGCUUGUCUCCUGGGGACAUUUCAUGUGAGGCUAGUGAUGAGUGUACAGCAGCAGCUAGUGGUGGGUACUUAAAGCCGCAGCUUCCUCAAAGGCUUUUCCCAACAAGAAAGGCCAUUUCACCAGCUUCCCAAGAAAAAUUGUGCAAGGCUAUGAAGUCAAUUGAGUUACAGGAUGGACAUAGCGCGUGCAAGGGGAAACUAUGUUUUGGAAAACAUACUGAGAGUACAAACCAUGGUGCUGAAUGGCAGCCUAAUCAGAUCAGGAGACCUAAGUUCUCUAUUACACCGCAAACCAUUAGGAAUCCCAAGAAUGAGAAGAUUAGUUCGCAUCCUAGAGGCAUCCCUAAAGCUUCUAAUGGUUCUUCAACUGCACCACCACGUUUUAGUACAGGGUGUACAUCCAUUCGAACCUGUUCAGACAGUGCCAUUGCAUUCUCACAACGCCAGAUGCAUGACAUUGAAUGUAUCACAACAAAACUCACAAAUGAAUUACAGACCAUGAAGGAAAUUGCAGAAGAAAGAUUAUUGUCCGGACCCUAUCCUACCACAUCACUGAAAUAUAAUGCUGAUGAGGUUAGAAUGGCCAUUCAGAAUGUAACACGAGUUGAGGCUUCUGCUAAAAAGUUGCUCUCGAUGAUGUCAAGGGACUGUAGCCGAUUUUGUAAAAUCAUGAGAAUGGCUGAUCAGAAUGAUUCUAAUGAUUCCGAAGACGUUGGAAACAAUCACCCAAAAACAACUAUUGUAAACAAGGAGAGGAAGAAGAUUACUUUUGCUGAUGAAGCUGGGGAAAAGCUGUGCCAUGUCAGGGUUUUUGAGAAUGAGAUGAUAUCAUCUUCGGUAACUGGUCCAUCUCAAAACCAGGAAUUGCUAGUUAAAUAACAUGAAUCAC